UGUGAUAAAUGUGGGGUUAUCUGGGAUGUUAAGGUAAAUAAUAGAAAUGGGAGGGCGGGUCACGUUUGCUCCGAACGCUAUUGUACCACCUGCGGUAGUUACCACGAUCCUAAACGUGGGUGUUACAUCAAGCCCCUGGUCAUUAAACCCCAAAAGGCGUACCGAAUCGUCGCCUUUGAUUUUGAAACAAUGCAAUAUCGUGAGGGGGAAAAAGGUAAAAUCCACGAUGUUAACUUUAUAGGGGUAAAGGUAAAUUGUCCCGGGUGUAUCACCAAUGGACCUGACCCUGAUUGUAGUGUUUGUGGGGAAGAUAGGACUAUUACUUUCUCUACGAGACCUUUCCAAAACACGCCUGUUGACAGUCAAAAUGAUACAGAGAAUCCCUUAGAAGAGUUUGUGUCAUGGAUUAUCGAUUCUACCGUGACAGACACGGUUGCCUUCUCACACUUUGGGGGUAGAUUUGAUAUGGUAUUAGUUUUUAAGGAAUUGUUUCUUAGGGGGUUAACUCCGGAUAUGAUUAAAAAAGGUAAUAAGUUAUAUGAAAUGAAGGUAAAGGUUGGUAAAAAGAAUUGGGUUAUUUUUAGGGACACUUUUAAUUUAAUGCCCAUGUCCCUUGCUUCCUUGGUCCCUGCCUUUGCACUUAGAGGACUACUUGGCUGA